AUGGCUCCGGCGCCCAGACGAUCGACGCGAUCGACCGCGGGGAAGCGCGCGACGUCGCCGUCGCCGCCCCCGCCCGCGUCUCGGCGAUCCGCGGCGGGCGCGAGAUCGAAAUCGAAAUCGAAAUCGUCGUCGUCGACGUCCGAGGCGCCGCACUACGAGUUCGGCGGCCCGAUCGGCGCGCUCGGGAUCGUCGUCGGCCUCCCCUUGGUGUGCUACGGCCUCGUCGCGUUCUGCAACGAGAACGGCUGCGUCAAGCCGAGCGAGCUGCGAUGGCCGAUCGACGCGUCGGCGCUGCCGUCAUGGCCGAGGGGCGUCCCGCUCUUCUCGGUCGACGCGUGCCUCGUCUUCCUAGGCUGGAUGGCGUUCACGAUCGCGACACACUUGAUCCUCCCGGGCGCGAAGAAGCAGGGCGUGGUCCUCCCGAACGGCGAGCGGCUGACGUACAAGCUCAACGGGCUGUCCGUCUUCGUCGCGACCGCGGCGUGCGUGGGCGUGGGCGUGUGGAGCGGGCGACUGCAUCUCGGAUGGGUGCACGCGAAUUUCGCGCCGUUGCUCACCGCGGGCGUCGCGUUCGCGUUCGCGCUCUCCCUCGCGCUGUACGUCGGGUCGUUCGUCGGCGAGAAGAAGCUCCUCGCCAAGGGCGGCGACAGCGGGAACGCGCUGUACGACUUUUUCAUCGGGAGAGAGUUGAACCCGCGUCUUCUGCGCGGCGCUUUCGACUUGAAAGUCUUUUGCGAGCUCACCCCGGGCUUGAUCGGUUGGCUCCUCCUCGACCUCGGGUUCGCGCAUCAGCAGUUCCUGAACACCGGACGCGUCUCCCCCGCGAUGGCGCUCGUGUGCGCGUUCCAAGGGAUAUACGUCCUCGACGCGCUGUGGUUCGAGCCCGCCAUUCUCACGACCAUGGACGUCACCACGGACGGCUUCGGAUUCAUGCUCGCGUUCGGCGACCUCGUGUGGGUGCCGUUCACGUACUCGCUCCAGGCGCGAUACAUCCUCGAGAACGACGUCGCGCUCGAGCCGUGGUUCGUGUGCCUCGUCGUGACGAUCAAGAUCAUCGGAUACGUCGUGUUCCGCGGCAGCAACGGGGAGAAGAAUCGUUUCCGCCAAAACCCGAACGACCCUUCGGUGAAGCACCUGAAGUACCUCCCGACCGCGCGCGGCACGCGUCUGCUGAUCUCCGGGUGGUGGGGCAUGGCGAGGCACAUCAACUACUUCGGCGAUUGGCUCAUGGCGUGGGCGUGGUGCCUGCCGUGCGGGUUCCGCGACGUCGUGCCGUAUUUUUACGUCGUUUAUUUCGGCGUGUUGCUCGUGCACCGCGACCAGAGAGAUCAGGAGGCGUGCCAGGAGAAGUACGGGAAGGACUGGGACGCGUACUGCGCCAUCGUGCGGUGGCGGUUCUGUCCGUACGUGUACUGAUCGAGUCGACCGACGGGGCGGCAUCGAUAUCGCGUCAGUCUGUGGGUGUUAUUAAUACGAUGGAUUAUC